GCUUCGUCUGUUUACGUUGAAUUUGUCGGCUGCGCUAUUGCUGUAGGAAAUAGAUACUGUAGAUAUGAGGGUAUAAAUUAAAGGUAUCAUACACUGUAUUUAAAGAAAAAAAAACACCAGCUGAGACCAGACAGCAGUCACAAUGAAUAACAUGGACCAGCUGACAGAACAAUACAAGGAAAAGUUUCCACAUCUGAAGUCAUAUACAGAAUGUGUGAGCAGAACAUUCAUAUCAGGCCUAGCUGCCACCUUCAUCACGUUCUCCGGCACAUACAUGGCAGUCAGCCUUCUGAAGAACAAGUUGCCCUCUUCGCGGCCCGGCCACUUGAACGUGGUGGCUGCAGGCCUUCUGGGGACCCUCGUCGGAUUCCAGGUGGUGUACACUCGCACAAAGGCUUGCAACAACGGUUGGCUAGCGGCCGAGGACCGCGCCACCUACCUGCGGCCCCUGGCGGAGUCGGGUGCUGCCGACAGCAGUACCACACACGCCGACUGACCCCUCGCCGCUCGGCACCCAGCGGUAGGGGGCGCAGUGCAGCGGCGCGGCGGCGCCACCGUGGCUGACGACGCUUCGGAGGAACGGUAGUGUGUGGUGAAUUAGGACAGUGUCCGAGCGGCCCGAGAUGUCUGUGAUGAUCCCUGUUUGUCUGGGAAAGGUGAUGCGACUUAUAUUGGAGUGUGCUACAGGAGGACAGUUGAAAGUCAGUGAUAGUGAUAAGAUGUGUUAGGGGCGCCGUAACGUAGUCAGCCAUACAACAGUGAACGAAUUAUUGAGUCAGUGUGAGGCUCUGGACUAAGUGUAAGUCCAUGACUGGAACAUACCUUCCAGUGGACACGAGCAUGAAAAUAGUUAGCUGACAUGAAGCGGUAGCACUGGAGCCAGAAGCACAGCUCGAACGCACCAGUCCCCGACUCGGACGUUGCCGUAAAAUACCUCAGCUGUCGGGAGGGUGAUAUCAUAUUCAUACUGGUGGGAAUCUACCCUUUCGAAUAAUUUGUAUUAUGUAUAUUUCCUCAGGUGAAUGCUUCGCCCCGUGAGUUAUAAAUGAUGGCAGCAAGAUAUAUUAUAUCUGCCUUGCCCUUGUAUGUCGGAUUAUGCAUGAAAAGGAAGUUCAAAAUAAAAGACAGCAAUAGGAUGAAAUA